CACGAGGUCACUCACAGCACGCUGCUGCAGGCUACAGAAGUAAACCAGGAGCGUUGUCAACGUGCUGUCUACAUGUUGUCUACGUGUUACAAGUCACAUAUUUUUGAACUGGAUGGCUUUCCAUACAAGGUACGACUACAAGGAGAUGCUCCACAACUCCACCUUCUGUUUGGUGCCCCGUGGCAGACGACUGGGCUCCUUUCGCUUCCUCGAGGCUCUGCAGGUGCAGCUGGAAAAACCAAAGCUAAACAAAUGGCCAUCCCCUGAGUGUGCUCACUUAAGAUGGAGUCAAAACGAUCCAAGUAGACUGAAUGUGGUUGUUUUCUUUGAUUUCUCAGGCUCAUAAAUGAUUGAAACUGUUUUCAGAAAUCAAAUAAACACAAACAGAAUCAGAAACAGAACUAUUAAGCGUGUAAUUAAGAAAUUCUUUUUGUGCAUGUUUGAGUUCAUGUGGUUUGCAAGUUAUAGCAGAGUGAGUAAAUGUUUUCUCUGGUUUAUG